GUUUGAUAUAUCAAACCAUUUUUAAAUUCGCCUUAUAAAAAUUUAAACUUCAAAAUAAAUAUUUUACAAAUUGAUGUUUGUGUUUGCUGCUGUUUCGGUUCUUAAACUUAGGCUAUAUAAUGGUACGCGUAUAACAACCUCAAUCGCUAUCAGCUUCGCUCAGGGAACUUAGGUUUAUGGCUUCGCCCCCCACUCAAAAAUUAACACUCAAAAAUUAAUAACUUCUUUUCUCUUGCUCUGAUUGGUCGAAACAAAUUUGCCAAUGAAAAUAAAUAAUGACACGUUGAAUUGAAUUUUCUUCGCCCUGUUUACAAAUUUUAACAUAUGAAGUUCCCAAAAAAAGAAACUUCGAUGUAGCAAUUCGUCGAUGCGGCCACCUUAUAAAUACGCCUUGGUUUAGUAGUUUUCGAGUUUCCUUACAGACACAGUUUUUACUAACAAAAACCUCGUUUACACUGAUCUUUAAAUUCGGAUUUUAUGGCUCGAUCGUCUAUUUUCCCUUUAUAAAAUCAGCUGGCGAGGGUAAAUCCAGAUUUAUGAGCAGUGUAAACGGGGUUGAACUGAGAAACUAAGAAAUUUUUUGUUUCAUUGUUUCUCGAUGCGAGAAAUUCCCACAUAGGUAAGGGCUUCGGAAAAAAAAAGAAGAAAUUGUCGUUUCCAUUAUGAACCUCUCUUCAUUGACCUGGACAUGGUAUGAAAAGAGUAUUAUAAACAAUUUAAUUUAUAAACUUUUUUAAAAUGAAUAGUAUUAAAUACCAAUCUUAGCAUCUUAUGUAUGUACAGUACAAUCAUAUAUAUUUAAAUUCACCGUUUCGAAUGCUUUGGAAAACAAUUAAGACAUGUUGCAGAAUGUAAAAAUGAUGAUUAUGUCACGGGCAAAUAAAAAAAGACUUUUGCUCAUAACGGAGUUUGUCGUAUACUGACUGCGUUACAUUUAGACAGUUUCAUUUUGUUAUCCUCGUAUCGUGAAUUAAAUAAUAUAAACCUAAGUCACUUUGGAUGGAUAAGUCGUUGACAACUAUUAAUUGUGGAGUGUUCGUAUAAUAUUGGAGACACUAGGACGAAUUAACAAAUCUUAUGUCUUAAAAUAGGUUAUUUUGACAACUCUUUAACGGAAAUCUGUCAAAUAAACCUAUUUCAUAUCUAAACUAAGUUUUGUGAAUACCAGUAACUGACUUCUAUGGUAGAGGUUUUUAAAAAAAAAACACUGCUAUUAUUUUGUAACAGGUUUAUAAAAGAAACCCCUCUUUGUAUUUUAUUCUUAUAACCUAAUAACAAAUGUAAACUAAGAAAGGGAUAAAAGUAAAUACAAACCGUCUGUCCCUGUUCCGUCGUCUAUCUAGUCUUGCGUCGCAGCCAGCAUCUGUUCCGACACUUGAAAACGUUAGGGCCUUCUGCACUUUCAUUUCAGCAGCUACUAACUCAGCAGCCGAACCCCUAUUUAGUGUUGACCACCCUAGAUUAUGUGUUGUUGUAUCUGCAUACUUCUGUUUGUUGCUUAAUGAAAUUGAAUGGGUGCGUGCGUGUGUGUAUGUAUGCAAGUUAAAAUUCAUAUUCGUUUCUCAUUGUUUUUGUUUUUGUAUGAAGUGGUUAGGUAUGUGUGUUUAUAUACGUCCACACGACGUUAGCUGUAGCCGAACGUCAAGCACAUAAAAUUAACAGCCCCGUCCAGCGUUCGGCUGCCAGUGCCAGUUCAGUUGCGUUCAGUCCACGUCGGCGUUUACGUCUUCGUUCGGUAUAUGGUGUUGUGUUCUCCGCAGUGAGUGAAUUGACUGUACGACUGUACAUCAUAGUGUUUUUUCACAAUUGGAUUUAUUGUGAAGGAAAAAAACAUUUUUGGCUGAAAAAAAACCAACAAGAGUUUUGCUGUGCAGUAGCUGCCACCAACAACAUCAUCUAAUCAUCGUUUCGAGGAAGAAGAAAGAAAAAACUCUCAUUGACGUCGUAAUAACGUAUACGGGUACAGCUACUUUUUUCUGUUUCGAGGAAAUUAUUUAGGCGCUGCGUCGCAAUUGAAAAACAAAAGAAAAAGCAUCACCGAUCGGAGCAGAGGAGCCCCCUAUCAGCCAGCCACCAGCAGUCAUCGUCGCCAACACCAUUCUUAUCAGAAAGAAAAGCAGCAAAAUCCCAAACAAAAUACGCCUCUAGAAAAUGGAUACGAAAAUGGACCCAGCUCUGGAACAGCAGUUUGAUUUGAAUCUUAUAGAAGCAGUAAAAAUGAAUCCCGUGAUCUAUGACCGUUCGCAUUUCAACUACAAACACUUUGUCCGCAAGGCUCAGACUUGGAAAACAAUUGCAGAGUCCUUAGGUGUUCCAGAACAAAAAUGCACUAAACGUUGGAAAAGUUUGCGCGACAAAUUCGCAAGAGAGCUGAAAAUCAGUCAGGAUUCACGAUGGCGCUAUUUCAAACAAAUGUCAUUUUUAAUGGAAUCUAUAAGACAGUAUCGUGAAUCUCUUUUGGGAAAAGUAUCAUCAGCCGGAAUUCCAGCAAAUACUACAAACACCGUUGCACAGGUUGAAGCACCACAACAAACUCACCAGCAACAGACCCACCAACAACAGGUUGUUGAUUUGUUUACCACUCCAUUUAAUGGCAGUGCUACAAUAACAACACAGUCACUUACCGGGCAUCCACAUGCAAUUGUUGUUACCGGUGACGCCGCCCAAUUGGCUGCUAACAAUGCAGUUAAAGACCAAAAGACCUACUACUAUGAACCAGUGAUGAAACGCGAGCGUAUUGUCGAAGACGAUCAACAACAACAGCAACAGCAGCAACAACAACAGGCCGCUCAGGCGCAGCAACAGCAGCACCAUUCGGAUAUGCUCAGUUCCAUAAAAAUAUUCCAAAAUAGCAUAAGCCAAAACGUUAGUGCCGAAGAUCAGUCCUUUGGAAUGGUGGUCACCGAUAUGUUGAACACGCUGGGCGUACGACAGAAAGCUGAGGCCAAAGUUCACAUAAUAAAAUAUCUCACGGAUAUGCAGUUGCUGGCUCAACACAAUAAAUACUGAGAUACGGUUAUUACAGUAACAGACAAAACAUGCACAAUGUUCUCAUUCGUACCACACAUAGACAAAGUCCCAGAUGCAAAUGGCGCAGAAGACGAGGAUAUCGAAAAUACCGGCGAUACCUAGAUUUGAUAUAAAAAAUUAAUGAGGACAUGGCAUAACAAACUGUAAUUCAACUAGUCAGAAUUCUUGAGAAGAUGUUUAGACUAGGUUCACUAUGAAUAUCAGCAUGCGAAGGAUGUACUGCAUUUAAAAAAUGCAAAUAUCCUGUUUUGCAAAAAAGAAAUCGUAAAUCGGUAAAGUUCAAGAGAGAAAUAUAGACAGUACUGCCAUAUAGUAUAAACUAAAAAUAUGUGCUGCACUUGUAUUGUUGAAAAUUUAGACGAUACUGUAUCCAAUGUGUAAAUAGAUUCUAAAAAUUUAGGUAUAAGUCUACUUUAUAAAACAUUAUAUAACAGAAAUAUAUAUUACUAGUUUAAGGUAUUUAAAAUUAAAAAUACAUUCUGCUAUGAAAUGUAAUCGAUAUACAAAUGUUGUAUUUAUUCUAGUGUAUAUAUUGGCGUACAUACCAACGCCACCAGAAUGGUGGACCACCUGCAAUAUAAAAUGCAAAUGGUAAAAUAAAAUUCGAAACCAAUUUUAUUUUUAUAAA